CUCAUCUUAUUCUCUCCACUCCUCUCCAACCAUUCCUUUUUUCCUUUUUCUUUUUAUUUAUUUAUUUAUUUAUAUAAUAUAAUAAUAAAUAAAAGAAGAAGAAGAAGAAGCUGGACCAUGACUGUUGUCUUUUGACACAAAACACAUUCAUUCAUUCCUUCUAGUAGUACUAUUACUCCCAAUCCCCAAUCCUUGUUAGACUUUUUAAGCCCCAAACAAAUGAGAUAGAGAACCCCCUUAGCUUUCCCUUCUUUCUUUCUGUAAAGACCAAAAGAGAAAAAGCUUGCUUUCCCAAAAGAGAUAUGGAAGAUCAAGAACCUACAGUCAGAGAAAUCAAACCCAAAAGCAGAAGAAUCAUGGGAGGAGGAAGACCAGAGGAUAGACAUGAAGACAAACAGCCUCAGAAAGAAUCCGAAGAAGAAGAAGAAGUGAUGACAAGGUGGCCGGCAUGGAUUAGGCCACUGCUUCAAACUCGUUUCUUCGUUCCUUGCAAGGUCCACGCCGACUCCCACAAGAGCGAAUGCAACAUGUUCUGCUUGGACUGCGUCCACCACGGCGCCCUUUGCUCUCUCUGCCUCUCUUCUUCUCACACACACCACCGCACUAUUCAGAUAAGGAGGUCAUCUUACCAUGAUGUGAUAAGGGUAUCAGAGAUUCAGAAACAUGUGGACAUAUCAGGAGUGCAGACAUACAUAAUCAACAGUGCCAGGAUUGUGUUCUUGAACGAAAGGCCUCAGCCCAGGCCAGGCAAAGGUGUCACAAACACCUGCCUAGUUUGCCACCGCACACUCCUUGACUCCUUCUCUUUCUGCUCUCUUGCUUGCAAGAUUGUUGGGAGAAAGAAAAAGGGUUAUGAUUAUGUGUUGGAGGCUGAAGGUGAGGAUGACUCUGGUAGCAGCAGCAGCAACAUCAGCAACUUCUUCAAGAAAAGUAAGAGUUUUAGGGUUGCCACUGGUUUGAGUUACAGAAGUAGUGGGAAGAGGAGGAAGGGAAUCCCCCAUAGAGCUCCCAUGGGAGGGCUUCUCAUUCACUUCUGAGCUCUGAUCUGUUUACCUAUCAAAUCCAAACAGAAGCACCUGAGGCUGAGCCCUGUCCUUGACCACUGAGGCCGGCCGGUGUAGGAAUCUUUCUUUCUCUUUAACUUGUGUAUUUUAUUAAGAAAAACAUGAUAAUAUACUUUCAAUAAUAUAUAUAUAUAUAUACAGGAAAGAAAAGGAAAGGAGAUAAUUUCAACAUAUACAUGCAUAUAUAAAUAUAUAUGUAUAAUUGUAAAUGUAGUAGUUGAAUUUGUGUAAUGUAUAAUAUAUAGUAGUGGUUUGUUUGUAGACUAAUUGUGUUCUGUGUAAAAUUAUGAAUAAGAAAUGAAAGUGGGAUUUGUAGUUUGAUGACCA